AUGUCAAACGUUUCUAGAGAACCACCUAGGUCAGCUAACCAGGAGGUACUUGAGGUUCGGGAUGAGGAGACAGAGAGCGCGACGACUGUAUGUCAGCGUGUGGCAGAGAUGGAUAGAGGAGGCAUAAAGGUCAGACUCUUUGAGGAUGGUUCUCCCCAGUUGGCCUUCGUGGAUAUAAUGAUUGCCAAGUUACAGAAUAUGUGCAGUGCAGAACAAAACAGCUUCCUUGAGAGUCUUGGUUUUAAAGCUGAUACAAAAGUUAUUGAUUUCACUUCUCAUAGUAAGGUACGACACUCAAAAGCAGAAAGUCCCUUUGAUGAAACACAGAAGACGUCGAAUUCGGUCGAAUCAAUGAUGUUAGAGAAGAUGGAACAGAGAUGUUAUGGAACAAAGUGUUACCGAGGAGUGAGGAGAAGGCCACGGAGAAAAUUUGCCGCAGAGAUUCGUGACCCAACAAGCAAAGGAAGCAGGGUUUGA